AUGUCUCUUACCCGCCUUCUCAGGCAUUUACCACUGCUCAAGUCAGCUUCGCGACAUUUUUCGAUCACAUCUAAUGUGUGUUCGCCACCUGGCACUGCAGUCUUAGCUGUCGCAGGCCAAGUCACUACGGACCAAGAGGCACUUCGCCGCCACACGUCAAAUCGCUGGCUGUACAACGAGCAAAUACAACUUUCGCGUCGUUAUGUGAAGUUCGAUCCUCAUGCACUAGGACAAGUUGCCUCAGGCGCCGUCGGUGCGAACUGCACACGAAUCGAUAAAGUGGCAGAGGGCUCCACUAACAAAAUCUUCCUUCUCACCUUCGAGAACGGACAAGAAGCUAUAGCUCGCCUACCAUGCCCUUUAGCCGGACCGCCACACUUGAUUACCGCAUCAGAAGUUGCAACUAUGGAGUUUGCGAGAGAAAUCAUGAAGAUCCCGGUGCCAAAAAUUCUCAGUUGGAGCUCUCGCGCCGAUGCAACGCCCGUUGGCGCCGAAUUUAUCAUCAUGGAGAAAGUGCAUGGCGUCGAGCUGGAGAAGCUCUGGCCCGAGAUGCGAGGGGCUGAGAACAAGACCGUUGUUGAACAACUUAUGGAAAUUCAGAAGAAGUUUAUGACCUUCCGCUUCUCCCACUACGGGAGUCUUUUCUUCAAGGAAGACGUGGUGGGUUACCCACAUACCACCGACAUCUUCGCCGAACCGACCGCUCAUCCUGAUGUCCCAUCAAAAUAUGCCAUCGGGCCUUGCGUUUCCUGGGACCUGUGGCGAGGCGAGCGACAGCGGGUGGAUGUUGACCGGGGACCGUGGAAAGAUGCAUAUUCGUACAUCGCAGGGUUCGUCAAGUGCGAGAAACAGUGGCUUGCUAGAUUUGCCAAGCCCCGCGACCCGUCGGAUCCAUUCUAUCUGGACCCCGAGGAUAAUUCGCCGGCCGCCCACAUCGCUGUCUUGGACCAAUUCCUCGCUUGUCUGCCUCACAUUAUGCCGGAUCCGGAGCUGCGUUAUCCAGCACUAUGGCACACCGACUUGCAUCGAGGCAACAUCUUCGUUGAGCCGCCACAGCCCACCAUUUCGGGCAUCAUUGACUGGCAAUGGACAGACAUUGGGCCUUUUUAUGCACAGGCGAUAUUUCCAAAGGCUUUUGUAUAUGGAGGGGAUCGCAUAAAGCUCUCGUCAAAUCCUUACGACAGACCCCAACUUCCUGAAGGCUUUGAAGACCUUCCGCUGGAGGAACAAGAGCUCGCCAGGAUGGAGCACAAUGAGGCAUUCACAAUGUGCUACCAGCAGAUCCUGAUCACAGAAACACCUCCUUGGUCAGCAGUCACGACAAUUCCACACCGUUCGACUAUAGUGGACCCUGUCUACCGCGCUACGCGCACGUGGUACGGCGGCAUCGUGAGCAUGCAAAUUAUUCUGCUCCAUAUGCAGGUUGUCUGGGAUGAAAUCGCACCAGCUGGCACGUCGUGCCCUCUCAAUUAUACGAAUGAGGAUGCCGAGCGGCUUGUGAGCCUCGCAGUGCGGGCACGCGAUUACGAGAACAACGUUGAACGGUUGAAGACUCUUUUAAAUGUACAGAUUGACGGGAGGGUUGAUACGGAGCAAUAUGAUGAAGUACGGGCUAAGAGUGAAGAGAUGAAGGCACACUGGGAUCCUGAGGAAUGCGGUGGACAGUAUCCAUUCCAGGAGGGCGGACACUCGUUGCUUAUAUGA